ACUACACUUACACACCCCUCCCCCUCCCGUGUCUCCGGUAAUCCUCCGCUCUCUCUCGGUGCGGUCGUCAUGGCGGAAAUUAAAACGGGAAUCUUCGCUAAGAACGUGCAGAAGCGCCUGAACCGAGCCCAGGAGAAGGUUCUGCAGAAGUUGGGAAAAGCAGACGAGACCAAAGAUGAGCAGUUUGAACAGGUGGUCAUCAACUUCCGGAGGCAGGAGACUGAAGGUUCUCGGCUGCAGAGGGAGAUGAAGGCCUACAUGUCUGCCAUUAAAGGGAUGCAGCAAGCAUCCAUCAACCUGACUCAGUCUCUGCACGAAGUCUAUGAACCCGACUGGCAUGGAAAGGAUGACGUCCUGACCAUCGGGAAGGACUGUGAUGCAUUGUGGGAAGACUUCCACAACAAGCUGGUGGACUCGACACUACUAAAUCUGGAUGCAUACCUGCAGCAGUUUCCAGAUCUCAAGACCCGUGUCGCCAAAAGAAGCCGCAAACUCAUUGACUAUGACAGUGCCCGACACCACAUGGAAACCAUGCAGACGUCUGGGAUGAAGAAUGACCGCAAGAUGAUCAAAGCAGAGGAGGAGCUCAAAAAGGCACAGAAGGUGUUUGAUGAGUUGAAUACUGGUCUACAGGAAGAACUGCCAACUCUUUGGGAUCGCCGAGUUGGCUUCUACAUCAGCACCUUCAAGAGUGUAACGAAUCUUGAAGCAAAGUUUCAUCGUGAGAUCUCACUGGUGUGCAGAGAACUGUACGAAGUGAUGACCAAACUGGGAGAGCAGCACUCUGACAAGAUAUUCACCAUCCAAGGGGCUCCGAGUGAUUCAGGACCUCUACGACUCGCGAGAACCCCAUCACCACCAGAAGACGAGAGUCCACCUGAUAGUCCAGAUCUCAGCACCAAUCAUAUGCUCCGUCCCAUCUCACCUGGACCGCCUCGACCCAAAUCUCCAAUGCAGCUUAAAAAGGGGCCACCGGUGCCUCCUCCACCAAAGGUCACACCAACCAAGGAGGUGGCAGAGGAACAGAUUAUCGACCUCUUUGGUGGAGAAUUUUUACCUGCUCCUUCGCCAUCACAGCCCAAUGAACGGCCCGGCGAAUCUCUUCUUGAUCUGGACUUUGAUGCUUUUCAACCAGAUGAAAGCGUUUCACCAGUACCACAGACUGCUGUACCAUGGGACAUGUGGUCGGCAAAUACUCAAGCUGCUCAGCCUGCUGCAGAUACCGGCUUUGUCGCUGACUGGUCUGCUGAUUUUGGUUCAGUGUCAGCCAACGGAGAAGAUGCUUCAGGAGCUGAGGAACCUGCUAUCCCUGGAGGUCCGACUGUGGGGCAGGAAGGGGCACAAGAAGGGGUGCAGGGUGAGACUCGGGGCUGGCCCCAGGGAGAAGGGAUUCAGCCAGUUGGAGAAUCAACAGCAAUCACCCGGGACAGUGAAAUCACACCAGCUGAAGAUGAGGUGGCCAAUACAUUUAAUGGAUUUUCACAGGAUCCAUCAUUUUUCGCAGAUUUUGAUAAGAUGAAUGAAGGAAACAGUGAAUCAAAUGACGCUCUGGAAGCUGCAGAGGCCCAAGCUGCAGGCUCAAGAGAGCCUGCAGCAGAAGACAAACCUCCAUCUCUCACUACUGGAGGAGAGCAAGAUGAGUGCCCACCUCUUUUUUCUGGAGAGGAACCUGUAUCUUCAACUGCAGGAGCAGAGAUGGAGGAACCUCCAGCUCCCCCUGCUGGUGAGGUGGAAGAAUCUGGAGCUGCUCCAGCUGGUCAGGACGAUACAGACACACAUUCAGACAGCCUGAAGGAGGAAAAGCCUGCUUCAACAGUGGUAUCUCCAGGCUCAGAACAGGCAGAGGUCAGUGAGAUUGCUUCUGCUGAACAGGCCAAAACUUCUCCCAGUGAAGCAGCUUCAUCGGAAAAUAUGCCAAUCCCUUCUGUUGUGAUUGAGCCUGCCUCAAGUAACGAAGGUGAUGAUGACCGAGAUGCUGACAUCAUCUCUCCCACUGCAAUCAGUGACAAUGGGGUGACAACUGAAAACCAGAACAUCAAGCAUAUCAGUCCUUCUGGGGGAGCGUCUGGACUUCCUGAUGAUUUCCUUUACAAGGUGGAGACCAUACACGACUUUGAGGCUGCAAAUUCAGAUGAACUUGACCUGAAGAGAGGCGAUGUGGUUUUGGUGGUUCCCACUGCCUCAGUGGAAGAUCAGGAUGCUGGCUGGCUCACAGGGAUCAAGGAAAGCGACUGGUUAACAUUUGGAGCUGGUGCUCAAAAAGGACUUUUCCCAGAAAACUUUACUCAACAUUUGGAGUAAGAUGUUCCCUGACAUGGCAAAAUGAUAAGUAGAAACAUGAGUAAUCUGUGUCCCAGCCAUUGAAUCAGCAUGUAGCCAUUCCUUUUCUUGUACGUUGUACCUGCUGCAGCUGUCUGCUGGACAAACAAUAAAGUUUCUCUGGCAGGUGAAACUGUACUAAAAUUAAAUGUUAUUGUUUAAAAAAAAAAGGAAAAAAAGAAGAGAGUAGUACUCUUCCGAGUUCCCCUGAUGAUUUAAGCAUGGUGUGGUAGUAUGUUCCACCCUCCUGUGGAAGUAAGAUAUGCCUUUUGUUUAAAUAGAAAUUAUAUAUAAAACAAUAAUAACUCAACAACAAAAGCUUGAAGUGACCAGGUGAAAACAAAGGAAAAAGAUAAAACUGUCUUUGCACUGUGUGGUAAUCAUUUUGUUUUGCUAUGAAAGACUACAGAAACUUUAAUGCUGUGAUUUGUUUGUGAGUGCAACAUGAAACUUUGGUUUCUUUUUUCUGACACGUUGUAACUGUAACUCUUGAAUCACUGUUGAUGUUUUCUGUGUUAUCAUUAUUGGGUGUGUGGUGAUUGAUCUUUCAUUUGUAAUAUGUGUUGAACUAACUCACUGACCCGUGUUGCUUUGGUUCUGCUAAGGGGAUACUGAUGUUUAUUGUCUGGGUUUUGGCACACAAAGUAGUGCAAAUGCUGCAUGAAAAUCCUAAAUAUUCAAAGUACAUAUACUAAAGAUGACAAAUAAAGAAUUUUUUGUGUGUUACGCAUAGAUUUGUGUAUGGCAUAUUAUCUGAAAAUUUGGUUACAAGAAAAAAAAAAAAGCAAAUAAGGAAAUUUUUUGUCAGCGGUUUAAGUGUUUCAUCAAAUAGAAGGUAUUAACAAACCAGUCUGCAAUUAUUUUUUUAGGCUUCAGAAAAAUUACUCUUAUACUCUAGAAAAUGUAAACCUUCAUCAAACUGGUUUUGAUAGCCAGGUGAAGCCUCCCAGUAGACCUUUAUGUGAUGCACACAGCCUUGAGAUAAUAUUGGUGUAAUGAAUUAAAUAGUAAAUUCCAUGUUUGAUAUUGUAUAUGGUUCUAUGCUAAUAAAAUAAAUAAUAAAAUAUUAAUGUUUCAAUCAA